AUGGGAAAGCUCUGAUUAAUAAGACACGCUCAAACAUUUUACAAUAAGGCUCAGUACCAGUGGGAAGAAGAGGGCAAAUCUAUGGACAAUGCACCUUUAAGAUGAGAUCCUGACUUAUGUGAUGCGGAAUUAUCUGAAGUUGGGAUUCAACAAUGUUUGAGUGCCAGAGACUUAGUGCACACUCUUGACGUACACAAAGUAUUUGUUUCUCCUUUAAAAAGAGCUUUGCAAACUUGCGAGAUUUUAUUCAAGGACCAUCCUAAUCUUCCUCAAAAAAUAGUUCAUCCGAUUUUGCAUGAAAUCAUAAACAAUGGCCACGAUAUAUCUUCUUACAGAGGAGCUCCCUUCCCAGAAUACUCUCAUUAUGACUGGUCCUUAGUUCCAAAUGAAGUUUUAGCUCCUUACAUACUCAAAAAUCGCUAUACAGAACAAUUAGUUGGAUUAUCCUAUGAUGAUGCCAAAUCUAGAUUACUAGAAAUUAUGAGGGAAAUAAACCCCCAUCAGGUUGAAAGCUGUGAUGAGCUGUACGACAGAGCCCAAAGAAGUAAAGAAAUUUGAAGAAAAGAACUGGAAGAAGGAAACGUUGCUUUGGUUUCACAUUCAACUUUCUUUAAUUAUUUCCCUGCAGAAAGAUUGGAAAGCGGAGAGUAUAGAGGAUGCAAAUGGCUGCAAAAUUGUGAAGUUUAUGAGUAUAAUUUGAAUUAA